AUGGAGCAGAAGAGGCAGAUGAGCGUGAGAGAUUGGGGGUUUAAGUGGUGGACUGGUUCUGGAGCUCGGUCCUGGACACAACUCCUUCAACAUAGGUGGAAGAAUGUGUGGGCUUCUGUUCCCAAUCUAGAUUUCGAUGAAGAAGAAUAUGAGCUAGACUAUGUUAUCCGUACUGUGCAACAACCGGUAAGAUAUGAGUCGGAUUGGUUUGCAGAGUUUGUGAAUAGUGUACUUUUGUUUCGUUGCCCGGGAGACAUUCAAAGAUUCUGCCUUGUAACUACAAAGAUGCAUGAUGUUUCUCUUAUUGAUGCUUGGGUUUCCACUGCCAUAAAGCAUAAUGUUGUUGAACUUGUUCUUAGAUUGGGGGAUCCUCCCUUGCUGGAUUUUGAUAUUCCGAGAUGUGUUUUCAUGUGCAACACAUUGGUUAGUUUAGAGUUGUUUCUUCACCAAAAUAUUUGUGCUGUUACUCCUCCCUCAAAUUGUUUCCCCUGUCUCAAGUUGCUAAAUGUUACAUUUUGGUAUCCUGAUUCUCACACGUUGGAGAAGCUGUUUUCUUGUUUCCCUGUACUUGAAGAUCUUAUUAUACAUGGAGAAGCGUCAGAUGGAACGCUUUCCAUCUUGUUAUAUCUGCACCCAAACUUCCGUAAACUUGCUAGAAUAACUGUUGCAAAUGAUUCUUCGGAUGAAAAUUAUGGGUGCCAAACUGCCAACCUUUUUUUAGUGCUGAUGCUCCAAACCUUGAAAAGUUAG